UGCGUGCGUGCCCGGUCGCGCAAUAGCGGGGAACGCAUGUCGUGACACUUGCACCACCUAUGUAUCCUCAAGUCUGGUAAUCAUCGAGGUUCCAUGGAAAUCACCGAGGUCCCAUGGAAAUCACCGAGGUCCCAUGGAAAUCAUCGAGGUCCCAUGGAACGCAUCGAUGUCUCCGAUACAUACUGUAAAUUACUCUGUGGCGGUGGAACGCAUGGAUGUAUGUCUUCGAUACAUACAGUAAUACUCUCUGGUGGUUGUAGUCGUUGCAAGUCCGUCUGAUCGCCAUGUUUUGCGGGAAGAUUUGGACAGUUCGGCGCUUGUUUGCCUUCUUUGAGGAUGCGGUGCGAAGUCCGGACUCCGGAGUUCCUCGUUCUUUCCCCCUCCCUAUCCCCCUUUUCCAGCUCCUCAUCCUUCGUUUGUCCGUUUCCAUCACCUUCAGGCUUCUGCACUGCGGACCACAAUCUGUUCCUUCCGCUCUUCCGUUUGCUUGCCGGAAUCGCGAGAGCUGGACGGACGGCGGAAAUUCGAGACGGCAAUUUUUUAUUACUCUCCUCCUGGUUCCGCUCUGUAGCCCUCCCCUUUUCACUUUCUCUUCCUGCCUCCAACUUCCCUCUUCUCCGGUUCCUCUCACCAUAGUGUAAGCUCUGGUUUCUCCGUGCUUCGCGAUUGUUUGUCACUUUUUUGAAUGCGGAGCAGACUAGCAGGCGGCCAAAAGGACAGGCUUUUGCGUCCUUUGUCGUCUUCCAGCCUACCCCACGGUAGUCCAUCUCUCUCUCUCUCUCUCUCUCUCUCUCUCUCUCUCUCUCUCUCUCUCUCUCUCUCAUGUCCCCCAUUUUGGGUCACGUGCUCUUACUGCUUACUGUACACCUUUCUGUUUCUUUUUCAACUUGCUUCUUCUUGCGACAUAAGAUCGUGUUUGGUGUUGGCUGGCAGGAACGCAGAGCAGAGGCAUGAGGAGGCAGAGAGCAAAAAACAGUCCGAAUUAAUUUAUCAGUAGGGCUUUGGUUGCGGGUUUAUUUAUUUAGUUGAGCCUCGCAUGUGCGCGCAAGCGGGCGAGCGGAAGCUACCGGCGGGUGGCUAUUGGCACGCAGUGGUGCUCCCACGUCGACAAGCGGGCCAGCCGUCUGUCUCCGGCUGCGGCUUUUCGUAGUGGCCGGACCGUUAACCUCCUCCCCGCUCUGCUCCGACGGCUUCCGCUGCUCCGCAUGUACAACCUUAUGUUGAGCCUCGCGGGUGCGCGCAAGCGGGCGAGCAAACUCUUCCGGCCGGCUAUUGGCACGUAAGUGUGGUCGCACGUCGACAAGCGGGCCAGCCGUCUGUCUGCGGCUGCUGCGGUUUUUCGUAUUGGCCGGACCGUUAACAACCUCCGCUCUGCUCCAGUGGCUUCCGCGUAUGCAACCUUAUAUAAUUAUAAUACAUUCCCCCCCCGCCCCCCAGCAUCCUUCCUUCCAUCCAUCCGUCCAUCCAUCCAUUGAUUAGCUGUAGUAGUACUCUCUAUCGAAUGGCAAUAUGGGUCCUCCGAAGAAGUCGAAAUCGAUCGCCUUGCGCUGCGGUAAGUUUUUCGUCUCUUGCUGCUGCUGCACGAGCCCGGCCAACCUGCGCAAGUACCUUCAAUGCGCUCCCUCUCCGCGUGUGCCGGUCCGGCCUCGGCUUGCAAUCGGCAUGCCCAUGGCGCCGAACGGAGGUGGUCUCCAGCACAACCCAGUGGUGCGCAACCACGAUCCGCGGCGGGGGAAUCACAACAACGCGGGAGCAGUAGAAGGCCCUGCCAGUAGCGGCCCGGCGUUGACCAGAUUCGAUCUGCUGUCAUUGGGCUUGGCCACGGACAACUUCUCGAAGGAAGUUGGGCGAACGCAGUUCGGCGUGGUGUACAAGGGAGUUAUCGCCGAUGGGUCUGUGAGGCCCAUCACGGUGGCAGUCCUUCGCGGGCGGGUGUCUGCGCUGCCGGAUCCUCUCACGGGGGCGAUUCCCCAUAGCGCGAGGCUGUCGGAUGUGAGGUUUCUGUCCGGCAUAGCGGAGAUGGCGCGAAUAAAGUCGCGCAAUGUGCUGCAGCUAAUCGGGUUCUGUCUGGAUCAUCGUUACAUUCUGGUGUUUGAAUACAAGCCGGCGGGGGAUCUGGACUCUGCGCUGUUUAAUGGUGGUGUCGGAGCGGCGGUAGAUGGCUCCCUGUACGUUCCCGAUACGAACCAAGAGACGUUGCUGGACUGGGAGGCAAGAGUGAGCAUUGCGGACGACAUCGCCAGCGGGAUCAACCAGAUCCACGAGUUCUGGCGUAACCGCGCGAUCUGCUGUCAUCUUAGCGCGAAAAACGUUCUUCUGGAUGACCACCUGGUGGCCUAUGUGACAGAUUACGGCGUCGGCGCGCUGUGGGACUUGCUACUCCCCCUGCUUGCCCGGGAAUCGCAGAGCUACGGCGUCCUCGACACCCGGUGGAGAGUAUACAGCGCGCCGGAGUACUUAGCCGCAAUGACGACCACAUGCAUGAACGAAGGAGAGCUUCAAGGCGAUAUAGACGGACCGGGGGGCGAUUUAGCAUCAGCAGCAGCAGGUAGAGCAGAUGUAGGAGGAGGAGGAAGUGGAGAAGAAGAAGAAGAAGAAGGCCGCGGAAGACAAGUGAAACACGGGGAGCGAGGGGAAGGCGGCGCCAAUGACGCGAACAAGAACGCUGGCGGCAACAACAUGACCGGGUCCUUGUCCACAGCGGACAGCAUGAUCUCCGAGAAGAAUGACGUCUACAGCUUCGGCAUUCUCCUGCUUGAGCUAAUCACAGGCAGAAGAAGCGCUUCGCUGCCAUCCACUGAUUUGUCAGCGUGGCCACAGUCGCCGUUGAUCGUUCAUCACGAGGCGAGGCGGUCCGGCAUCCCCUCUCUAGCAGCGUCUCCGUUAGCGGGGCCUGCGUUGCCGACCGCUUUCCUCGCCUGCCCGUCUCCCGGACCGGUCGCUGCUGGCCAGCGUCUGUCGUUUACCCCCGGCUCGCGGUCGCCCGUAUCCGAUCUGAGCGCCGUCAAAGAUCGCCUUCAGGUUCCUGGGACGCCCUCCAACAGCACGCGCGAGAUUCACAAGCUGGCUUGGGGUUAUUUACCGGACGCAGUGUCGAUGUUCCUGCAGGCGGGAAGGGUCAGCCAGAUCGUAGAUCCUCGCUUACGUGGCAGAUUCUCGCGCAGCCAGGCCGAUAGACUAAUUCGAAUAGGACUACUCUGCUGUAACAAGAAUCGUGAAGACAGGCCGCUAAUCAAAGAGGUACUGCUCAUGCUUGGCGGCGUCAUGGCCAUCCCUCUGCCGCCGUCGGCCGACGAUGAGGCUAUCCCCCGAUCAGGCUAUCUGUCACCUUCCAAUUUCGACUCGUACGGUCACUCGAAGACGUGGGGCGGAAGACACAGCCAAAUGCCCUCACUCCAUAUCGAGGAGGCCUUGCGAGAGGUGUCCUCGUUGAGGCAACAAGAAGGCUCCGCUUCUGCACCAGCUCCGUCGACCGGACAAGAAAAACCGGGCUCGGAACAAAGCUCAUCGGAAACAUACGUCACAGCGGAAGAAGACAACACGUCAGGCUGAUGUGUAUUUUUUCAACUGUAUUGUUGUGAUUUGGGAAUGUAUACUUAUAAGCACUAUCUUCGAGAGCGUGCAGAUCUGCGAGCAUGUCUGUUUUGUUGUGUAAGUGGAUGGCUAUCAGGGUGUUUGCGGCUGUGGUUCCGCUUCAUCUUGUCCAGCAGCCGCUGCUUCUUACAUUUGGGAAGACUUGCGCUCUCGUCAGGUGGGCGGAGGCAUGUAGAAGAGCCAGGGGGCGGGACGAAAGGAGCUGCUGCUUUGUUAUGCUGGUCUCGAAUCUCGAGACGGGACCAAAUGGGAAGGAGCGCAACGGAGCCAGAAGAGAUGGGAAGAAAUGGUUAUGGUUAAACUUGCGAAGGAAUGUAGAGGCAAGGUCUGUCCGGGAAAGGAAAGGACGUGAAUCGUGGACGACG